UGGUUUUAGGUUGUUUCCUAAAAUGUCAAAUACAAUGGUAACCUAGAUAUAACUCUUAAUUUACCUUGGACCAUGGUCAGUCAUUAUAAGAUUUGAAGUGUUAGGUAUCUUUUUUGAUUGAACACAAGUUGGCUUAAAUGGAAGCUAGGUUCCCAUAUUCUAGGCAUUUCAAUGUCUAACUUGUACUAUUUAAUCGAUGAUUAGAGGUUUAAACUUCAUUUAUAUCGGCAUAGCAACAGUUUUAUCAUUGAGAUAAUUGACAAAGGGCUUAAGUUGUGUUCAAGUACAAGCUCAGCUGCCAGCAGAUUAUUGACAAAAGAUGCUAAAGCUAGAUGUAGAAAUAUCCAGUAUCCUUAGAGAUACUUGAUAUCAUUGUAAAAUAGGAAUUGGAGAUUAUGGGUAAUAUCUCCUUGUAAUUAGUUGUUGUGAAUAUCUUAGGAAUCCUUUCCUUUUCUUCUCAUAUUCUUUGUGUAUAUAUAGCCUUUGUACCUCCCUAUUUUUAGACAAGUGAAAUAAAGAAUUUCGCAUGGUAUCAGAGCAUCUCUGAUCCAGACCACUCCUCUUGCUGCUGUGUUUCAAUCACAACAGUGAUUAAGCAACAACGGUAAGCUCCAAAGUCCCCUUGCUAUCGUUGUCCUCUCCCCUUUCUCAAUAUCAUUAUGACUGGCAUAGAAUCCUCUUCCCAGACCCACUCAGAAGUCAUCUCCAGUUCAAAGACUUCUCAUCCAAAUCCUCUAGGAAACUCUCAGAGUUUCCUUCCAGUUACUGGUCAUAAACUAAAUGGUCAUAAUUUCCUUCAAUGGUCUCAAUCGGUCAUGCUAUACAUACGUGGUCGAGUAAAAGAAGAUCACCUCAUAGGGGCUGUUCCUGCUCCUAAAUCUGAUGAGCCCAGUUUCAAGAACUGGAAAUCAGAAAACAGCAUUGUGAUGGCAUGGCUGAUUAACUCUAUGACCCUAGAAAUAGGUGAAAGUUUUUUUUCUCUCCUUUACGGCUCAAGAAAUAUGGGAGGCUGCCCGAGACAUGUAUUCCAGUAACGACAACACUGCAGAAUUGUUUGCCAUCGAAAGCACACUCCUAAUCAAGGAGAGUUAUCUGUUACUGCCUAUUACAACUUACUAGGCAUUGGCAGCAACUAGAUUUUUAUGAAGUUCAUGAAUGGAAGUGCCCUACAGAUCAAAGCUACAAUUCAGAAAAUGGUAGAGAUAAGAAGAAUAUUCAAGUUCCUUAUGGGACUCAGCGAGGACUUGGAUGAAGUCCGCGGACGAAUUCUAGGAAUCAAACCACUACCCCCAAUUAGGGAAGUGUUUUCGGAGGUCAGAAGUGAAGGAAGCCGUAAAAAAGUCAUGAUGGGGACAGUCCCUUCAACCUUACAAGUUGAUCGACCUGCCCUUGCUGCACGAGGAUCCUCAUACCAGCACUCAAGUUCACAUUCAGGAGGGAAUCACUCAUCAUCGAAUGAAAGCAGGCACAAAAGUGGAAGGCCGUGGUGUGACCACUGCAACAAACCCGACCAUGUCCGGGAUAAAUGUUGGAGAAUACAUGGAAAGCCAGCUGAUUGGAAGACUAAACGAGCAACUAAUGGCAUUGAAAGUCGUGGAAACCUUGUGUUUGCAACUAAUCCUCCUCAGGCCGAGACUUUUCCAUUCAACAAAGAACAACUGGAGAUGCUUCAAAAGAUGUUUGGCUCAGUCCAACAACCAGCACGUAUCCAAACAACAAGUAUGGCAUCCUCUCUAAUCUCUUUCACCCCAAGCUCGGGAAAUGUUGCUCAAACAGGUAUUCAAUCAACAGCCUUUACUAUCUUAAAUGAAUCAUCUCAAUCCUGGAUAGUGGAUUUCAAUGCAUCAGAUCACAUGAUUGGAAACCCACAGUUGUUUGAUGAUUUGAAACCGUGCUCCUCACAUUUAUUCGUCCGAAUUGCCAAUGGAAGCUGCUCCAAAGUAACAGGCCUCAGAUCUAUUAAAGUGUCAUCGAAUAUCACUCUCAAAUUUGUCCUCUAUGUUUCCAAUCUCAAUUGCAAUUUAUUAUUCCUCAGUAAACUUGCUUUGGAUAGCAAUUGCGUCACUAAUUUUCAUACCAAUGGUUGUGUUUUCAGGAUUUGGACUCCGGGAGGAUGAUUGACAAUGAUGAGAUUAGUGCAUGUCUGUACCAACUUAAAACGCAACUUGAUCCAAGUCACUCUGCCAACCAUACCCACCUUGCACCAACGAAUAACUCAACCAUCGUGUAGGUCAUCCUAAUUUUGGUUAUUUGUCUCGACUAUAUCCAUCAUUAUUCAUAAGUAAAAAUCAUUGGUUAUUUCAGUAUGAUAUUUGUCAAUUCUCAAAACACUCCCGUAAAAUCUAUCCACCUAAAUUACACAAACCAUCUCACCCUUUCUCUCUGAUACAUAGUGACAUAUGGGGAAAAACGAGAGUAAGUAAUGUAACAGGAGCUAGGUGGUUCCUACUGUUUGUGGAUGAUCAUACUCGUCUCUCUUGGGUAUUUCUCAUGAAGGAAAAAUCAGAAACCAAAAGCCUUUUCAUCAAAUUUCAUACGAUGAUAAAAACCCAAUUCCACACAAAUAUCCAAGUUCUAAAGACUGACAAUGCCUCAGAUUACUUCAACAAUGUCCUUGGCAACUACCUCCAAGGGAUUGUACAUCAAAGCUCAUGUGUUGAUACCCCUCAAGAAAAUGGGGUUGCCGAGCGGAAAAAUAGACACUUACUUGAAAUUGCUCGUUCCCUUCUCUUUACCUCUAAUGUCCCCAAACACUUUUGGGGAGAUGCUAUUCUCACUUCUACCUAUCUCAUAAACCGAAUGCCAUCUCAAGUCCUGAAAUUCAAAACCCCAUGGCAAGUCCUUCUAUAGUCAUUUCCUAACACUCAUCUCCUUUCAGACAUUCCUCCUAAUUUUUUUGGGUGUACAGCCUUUGUCCAUAUUCAUCCACAUCAAAGAAGCAAACUUGACACCAAAGCUUCAAAAUGCAUUUUUGUCGGUUAUUCUCCAAACCAAAAAGGGUAUAAAUGUUACUCCCCUUCUGAACAAAAGUUUUUCUCCUCCAUGGAUGUCACAUUCUACGAAAAUAAACCGUACUUCACAGAUGUUCAGGGGGGAAUAUGAUUGAACAUCCUCUCACAAACGAAGGUACUCACACCGAGCCAAUCCAAUCCCUUCCUCCAAUCUCUUCCAAAACCAUAGAAGAUCAAACUCUCUUCCUGCAUGUGCUAGAAACUAAACCAGUCCAAACUAACCUCACCCAUCUUUCAACCGAUCAUUCAACCAAUUCUACGACACCAAUAGAAAAUAGACACCUCAACCCUCAAAAGGAAACCCUAGUCUACACCAGGAAAAGGAAGCAGGACAAGGAAGUACAGGCCAUACAAUCUGAGCAGUGCCACGAGUCUCAACUAAUUCCAACUCCUGAAUCUCAAGGUAUGCGCCCUAGUGAGCCUACUAAUGCUGAUAAUCUAGAUCUUCCUAUUGCUUUAAGAAAUGGGGUUCAGACCUGUAGUUCACAUCUAAUAAAGAAUUUUGUAUCUUACAAGGGAUUAUCACCCAGUUAUCGUACCUUUGUGUCAAGAUUGGAUGAAACUCAAGUCCCAACUCCAUUCACGAAGCCUUACAAAACCCAACAUGGAAGGACGCAACAUUUGAAGAAAUCAAGGCGUUGGAGAAGAAUCAGACAUGGGAGAUUAUAGACCUUCCACCAGGAAAGAUGACGGUAGGCUACAAAUGGAUCUUCUCAGUGAAGUACAAAUCUGAUGGGACAAUUAAGAGAUAGAAGGCAUGAUUGGAAGCUAAAGGGUUUACUCAAUCAUAUGGGAUAGACUACCAAGAAACAUUUGCUCCAGUUGCCAAGCUUAACACCAUCAUAAUCUUGUUAUCUGUCACUGCAAACCUAGAUUGGCUACUGCACCAACUCAAUGUAAAAAACGCUUUUCUCAAUGGCGAUCUUGAAGAAGUUUUCAUGGACAUUCCACCCGGAUUCAACUCACAGGCAAAUCAAGGCAAGGUAUGCAAACUCAAAAAGUCACUCUAUGGCCUAAAACAGUCCCACGGGCUUGGUUCGAUAGUUUCUCUAAAGUUCUCAAAAGAACAGGAUACACUCAAUGCCAAGCGGACCACACACUCUUCAUUAAGCACCUUUGAUCGAAAGGUAACUGCUCUUAUUGUCUAUGUUGAUGAUAUAGUUCUGACCGACAAUGAUCACAUAGAAAUUGGCCGUCUCAAAACCCUUUUGUCAAAAUAAUUUGAGAUUGAAGAUCUUGGAAAUUUGAAGUAUUUCCUUGGAAUGGAAGUUGCUAGAUCAAGAAAAGAAUCUUUAUCUCUCAAAGGAAGUAUGUCCUAGAUCUCCUGAAAGAAACAUGCAUGCUUGGAUGUAAACCCGCCGACACGCCAAUGGAUCCAUACAACAAGGUGGGAUCCAAGCAAGACAAUAUUUCAGUAGACAAAGGAAGGUACCAAAGAUGAACACAUGGAGGCGGCAUAUCGAAUUCUGAGGUAUCUCAAAGGGACAUCGAGAAAAGGAAUUGCUUUUAUCAAAGGUUCAAAUAGAGGUAUAAAAGUAUUCACUGAUGCAGAC